UAAUCUCGGAUUCUGAAUACUGAAUACUGAAUAAGUGAAUAAUUGUGAACCCAAACAUAACCUAAAAAAUUAACUGAUAAACACAAUACAGAAACCAAAACUAAAAAAUAAAUAAAAAUAAAACGUAAUUACCUACUUAUAUUCUAUUAUCACUAUUAUCAUAAAGUUGAACAACAGUACGAAACCGUAUCAAAAUAUAAUUACCCAUUAUUGUUUUGAAUUUAGGUAAUAUUGUAAUAACUAAUAGUGUUAGUAGUUAGUAAACUAACAAAAACAUUGCAGUUUAAUCUAAUAAUCUGUUUAUAAGUUAUUCAAUGAAGUGAUCUCCUUCUAACAAAAUGACGUCUAUUCCGAGAAAAAUCGCUAUUAUGGGCUAUCGUUCAGUCGGUAAAUCGUCGUUGAGUAUACAGUUUGUUGAAGGUCAGUUUGUUGACUCUUACGAUCCAACAAUUGAAAACACUUUUGUGAAAACGACUAAAGUUAACAAUCAAGAAUAUGAGUUGAAAUUAGUCGAUACAGCAGGACAAGAUGAGUACUCCAUAUUGCCAUCACAAUUGUCCAUUCAUGGAUAUGUUUUGGUCUAUAAUAUUGCGUCACCAAAAUCUUUUGAAAUCAUUCAGAUAAUUUAUGAUAAAUUAUUAGACAUGACUGGAAAAGUACAUAUUCCUGUAGUAUUGGUAGGCAAUAAAAAAGAUUUGCAUAUGGACCGUGUUGUUACGCAAGAGGAAGGACGGAAGUUAGCAGAUUCUUGGAAAGCUGGAUUUCUUGAAGCUUCGGCUAAGCAGAAUGAGUGUGUAGCUGAUAUAUUCCAUACUAUGUUAAUGGAAAUUGAAAAGGCAAAUAGAAAAAAUGAUGAUAAAAUUAAAAUUGAUAAAUGCAGUAUAUCAUAAAAAUAAAAAAACUAUAUCAACGACUUAUUUAUUUGAAUUAUUAUUAUGAUGCUUAAAUAAUACUUACAUGUGUGAUGUUAAAUGUUCAUAUAAUUUACCAUUCAGUUUUGUUAUUAAAUUUUUUUUUUUAAUGUUUUUUAGUUACCUAUGUAAAUAUUUACUAAUUAUUUAUUCAAAUAUGUAUAAAAUACUAUUUUCUACCAUCUAUAUAGGGACUUAAUGUUUAACUUUAUAUGUAUGUUUUGUACAAUUUAUUGGUGCUUAAUUGAAAUAAAAAUACUAUGUAUUUGUAUGUAACUUGGUCUUUCAGACCAAAUAAUUAUAGUAAAUAAACAGUUAUAAUAUAAUAUAAUUGUUAAGAAAAUAAAUAUAUUCAUAUUUACAUACAUAGAAAAGUGAUAUAUUUUUCUUUAUAGAUUAUACUAAUAAGAUGUAAUUCAAAUUAAAAAUUGUAACAACAAUUAAUUUAAGGAUAAAGAUACAAUUAAGAAAUGAGAAUAGAUAGAAUGUUAUACAGUGUACAAUUAUUUUCAUCGGGUAAUAGAUUAUUAGGGUUUAGAUUUAUAUUAUAUAUAUAUCAUAUUUAUUAAAACUAAAUUAUGUAAAUAUUCAGUAUUAAAUUAAACACUUCUCAAGACUCAGUUGAUAAAUAGCAUAUCAUAAAAAAAUUGUAGAAGAAUAUAAAGAGCAGGCCUUUUGAUUAUAUUUUUACCUUAAAUAAAGUAUAUUAUGUAAAUUGUAUACUUAAAAUUACUUCUACAUUAACUUGGUAUAUUGUUUUUUACUAACAGGAAUAUUAUGUUGACCUAUGACCUACUUUAUGAUUAAAAUAUCAACAUUUUUUUUAUUAAUUUACCAUUUUUGUUCUUCAUCAUUUAAGUUGAAACUAAAAUUGCAGAACUCACAAUGAUUUGGACAACAUUUAUUCUCAAUGUAUCCCAUUAAAACUUAAGAAGAACAUUUUUCAUGAAUUCAUAUUCAAAGUUUGUUAUAUGUAAAUUGUUGACUGUUGUGUUACAACACUUAUAUAUUAUUAAUAUAUAGCCAUAUAGGUACUUAUUAGCUAUUCUCAAGUUUGACCUAAUCUGUUACACUAACCAUUUUAACUAAAUUGUUGAAAAUAAUAACUAUUAAGUUAUAAAAUAAAUCUAAUUAAAAUUAAUGAUAUCGUACCAACCUAUUGAACUUUAGCAUUAAAAUGUUUAAAUAAUUAUAUUAGAUUUUUUUUAUAAUUAGUUACCUAGCAAUGGUUUUAAAAAUUGAAUAUUGAUUAACAAUGUUUUCACAAGGACAAGU